UUCCUUAUGUAUCAUACUAGCUUGCCGUAUAUGCUACAUGACAGUGGAACAGAUAUUCUUGUGACAUUUGGAUUAACACAGAUAUAGAAAACCAGUGAUAUGGCAACUCCUAUACCAGCUCCAAGAAAAAUUUAUAAGCAGAGAUCUUUGAUAACUUCACUGCCUCUGUACUACGAAGGGUUAAUAUGGAUCACACGUGACAAACACCAGGAAAGAAAAUAUUGGGCAGAACUGCGUGGAACCACAAUUUUCCUUUACAUUGAUAAAAAAGAAGAGAAGUACAUUGACGUAAUUGAACUGCAGAGUUUGGUAUCCGUGGCAGAUCGAUACCCAGUGCAGAAACAAUGGGCAGAGGUCGUCCUGACUCUGGAGAAGGAAGAAGUAUAUCUUAAGACAGAAACCGCAGAAGAUGCAGAGGAAUGGAAAGGAUUCAUUCUCACUGUUGUUGAGCUUUCGGUUCCAAAUUGUUUGGCUCUGCUCCCUGGGCAACUUAUGCGGUUAAAAGAAGUUCUACAAAAAGAAACCAACAGGAAAGCUACAACAAUGGUGCCUGUUCCUUCACCUCCUGAAGUGGAAUGUGAUUCCUAUGAAGAAGUCAUCCAAAUGCCUUUGGUUUGGAGUAGGACACUGAUAAGGGAGGUGGAGCUGGCUACACUUGGCAACACUAAAGUGUGCUAUCACAAUGUAACGCGACAGGAAGCAACAGACAUGCUCAUGAAGAUGUCAAAAUUUGGAAAUCUUAUUCUGAGGCCUGGCGCAGAUCCCAGGAACUUUGCCGUGUCACUUCGUGAGCCAUCAGAAAGCAUGUCCCAGGUUAAACAUUACAAGGUACUAAGUACAGACAAAGGCUACACCAUUGAACUGGAUUCUCCAGUUACUCUGAAAAACCUUGAUCAAGUUGUGGAAUAUUUUUUUAAAGAAACAAAAGGGAAGCUGACUCCAUUUAUCAAAGAAGAUCCUGUAAGAAAGACUGAUUCAGAAAAGUCUAAAGGACCUCUGAAAAUAUUGUUCAAUAUUUUACCUCAUCAAAGAAAAGAAAACACCUAUGUUAAUGUAUGUUCAGAGAGGAGGAAUACUUAGAUACAGAAUACUGAUGUUUACCGAAAAAUGUAUUCACCUGGAUGAAAUACAGAAAAUGGAAGGAAAAUUUAUAUGAAGGAAACAACAAAAAGUUGUAAAUAGCAACGAUUGCAUUAUAUGUAAUAUCAAAUAUCACUUUUGAAAAAUUCUGUAUAAAGAAAUGCUUAAAAGAAAAUUUUAUAGUGACCGCUUCAUGAAGAGUGGUGCUAGAUUUGCUAAAUUAUUAUGAAAUGUAUUAUUUUCUGUUAAAGUCCUCCAAAUUUAAAAGCUUUUGAGAUGAAGGACUCUAUUAAUGAAAAUAAAUGGAUAUAGUGUGUUUUUGAUGUGUCUGUUAGAGUACUUAAAGGAACAGGAAGCCCAACAUUUUUCUUUCAUGAUUUAGAUAAAGAAAACAAUUUUAACCCUUUGAGUGCUAACGAUGGCUCUGAGCCGUCGCAGAGUUUCCCACUUUGGUGCUAGUGACUGCUCAGAGCUGUCACUAGCACUCUCCCACCUUGAGGAAGAUCUGGGGGCUCCCACCCGCUCCUACUCCGGCGAUCAUGCCUGUAUAGUGACAGGCAUCGCUGGGGCUUUCACGUUUUGCGUGGUGACGUCACGCGCAAUGACAUAAUGACGUCAACACGCAACUUUUUUAAUAAAAUGACAAUGUUAAUUAUAGGAAAAGGGGGAAUGCUGUAUCUCAGGCAUCUAAGCAACUACAGAACCCCAAGACACUCCGCCUAACCUUUUCAACAGUGUAAGUCUUGAGGAUCUGGAAAAAAAAAAAGUUAAAAAAAAAAAUAUUUAAAAAAUAAAAAAAACAUAAUUUAUGUAAGAACUUACCUGAUAAAUUCAUUUCUUUCAUAUUAGCAAGAGUCCAUGAGCUAGUGACGUAUGGGAUAUACAUUCCUACCAGGAGGGGCAAAGUUUACCAAACCUUAAAAUGCCUAUAAAUACACCCCUCACCACACCC